AUGGACACAUUGCUUUCUGCCGAGCCAGACCAGGAACUUUGCUUCACCAAUCUGGCCUGGGUCACGCUCGGCUACGGCCUCUCUUUGGGAGUGAAGCUAGACAUGUUGUGCACGACCUGUGGCAUAAGCUCCGUAAGAGCAAUCGAGCUCCGAAGGUCCUUGGAUAUCGCCCAGACCUUGAGGGGACUGAUUGAGCGCCUGCGUAUGUCCAUAUCACAGCGCACAGAUACAGAUGCCGAAUCACAUCCUCUCUGCCAGUUCCUUUCUCGGGCUGAAGCAGUGGAAUCCUGGUACGCGAGACAUGGCCCCUCAACUCCCGCGUCCGAUUUUGCCACAUCUGGGAAUCAGCAUGGUCAUGAGACUGUCUCCGGCACCGUGCAGGAUAAUCCCAGGCGGGAUGUAUUUUCCGGCCACUCGCAUCCUGCUACGGAAGGGGAGGGUUCCUUCGGGACAACACAUAACCAAGACGUGGAAUUUGCAUAUGAUCCCGAGAUGCUAGCAUUUGAAGGGCUGGACUUUGAGGACAUGGAUUUCGCGAUGGAUCCUCAGGAAGUCUGGAACCCGUUCGUCUUUCCCGAUGGUACAUACUAG